UGUGUGUGAGAGGGGUGUGAGGUGUGAAUUUUAGUCUUAAAAAGGUCCUUCCCUCCCUCUCUCAGAGUCCCUCCCGCCAACACAUUUGGUUUACCCUCGCUCGCCUCUCUUUUUGAAUUAUUAUUAUUAUUAUUACUUAGUCUCCGUUGGUUCGUUCGUGUUUUGAAGGAAAGAAAGAAAGAAGAUUCUCGAAGAAGAAGAAGAAAAAGAAGAAGAAGAAGAAGAAGAAGAAGAAGAAACAUGAGCGCCGUGAACAUCACCAACGUUACCGUCCUCGACAACCCUGCUUCCUUUCUCAAUCCCUUUCAGUUCGAGAUUUCCUACGAGUGUUUGGCUGCUCUCAAAGAUGAUUUGGAGUGGAAGCUCAUUUAUGUUGGAUCUGCUGAGGAUGAGACUUAUGAUCAAUUGUUAGAGAGUGUUCUUGUUGGUCCUGUCAAUGUUGGAAACUAUCGCUUUGUUUUACAGGCAGAUCCACCAGACCCGUCAAAGAUUCGCGAAGAAGAUAUAAUUGGUGUUACGGUGCUUCUGCUGACCUGCUCUUAUUUGGGUCAAGAGUUUAUUCGUGUUGGUUAUUAUGUCAACAAUGACUAUGAUGAUGAGCAGCUGAGAGAGGAACCUCCAACAAAGGUUUUAACUGACAGGGUUCAAAGGAACAUUUUAUCUGAUAAACCAAGGGUCACAAAGUUCCCCAUCAAUUUCCACCCUGAGAACAAUGAAAAUGAAGAGCAACCCCCUCCAUCGGAGCAACAACCUGAAACUGGAGAAGAUCCACUGACUUUGGCUGAUCACGAUCCCCCAAAUGAGGGCGAUAAAUGAAGGGGUUUCUUAUCAUUUUCUAGGUAUACAGGCCUUUCAAUUCCCCAAUGUCCAACUUUACAUUACCUGUAUGGAUUAAGAUGUUUUUUUUGAAUCUCUUAUGGAUGAAGUAGAUGAUAUGAUUCAUGAGUUUUUUUGGAAGUAGGAGGAGUCUUUCAAUUACUAGGUUCAAGAUGCUUGUAAUGUUUGAAAACCAGUUACUGUCAAUAAAACUUUGCGAUACAAUCCAA